AUGUUGCAGUAUGGAUUUGUGAAUUACGCCCUUGAGCUUCUGGUCGUGAAAACAUUUGGAGAAGAGACAUGGGAAAAAAUUAAGAAGAACGCCGAUGUGUGCAUGGACGGGCAGUUCCUCGUGAGGCAGCUGUACGACGACGAGAUCACGUACAACCUCGUCACCGCGGCCGUCGACGUGCUGCAGAUUCCUGCCAAUGACAUUCUUGAACUUUUCGGCAAGAUGUUUUUCGAGUUCUGCCAAGACUCGGGGUACGACAAGAUCCUUCAAGUGCUGGGAGCGACUCCAAGGGAUUUCCUCCAGAACCUGGACGCGCUGCACGACCACCUGGGCACGCUGUACCCGGGCAUGAAGGCGCCCUCCUUCCGCUGCACGGAGCGGCCCGAGGACGGAGCGCUGCUGCUGCACUACUACUCCGACCGGCCCGGCCUCGAGCACAUCGUCAUCGGCAUCGUCAAGACGGUGGCCAGCAAGCUGCACAACACCGAGGUCGAAGUGAAGAUCGUGAAGACGAAGGAGGAGUCCGACCACGUGCAGUUCCUCAUCACGGAGCUGUCCGGCCCGGGGAAGGUUUCAAGUCCCGAGAUAUCCGACAUAGACACGCUCCCCCUGGAGCCGCGCAUCAGCCCCGCCACCUUCUGCCGGGUGUUCCCCUUCCACCUGAUGUUCGACCGGCGGCUGAGCGUCGUGCAGACCGGCACCACGGUGGCCCGGGUCAUGCCGCAGGCGACGCGCCCCGGCUGCAAGGUCACCGACCUGCUCGACACGGUGCGGCCUCACCUGGAGUUCACGUUCGAGAACAUCCUGUCGCACAUCAACACGGUGUACGUGCUGAAGACCAAGCCGGGAGCCAUGGAGGUCGCCGGCGACGACGGAGCGGCGGAGUUCACCUACCUCAGGCUCAAGGGCCAAAUGUACUACGUCCAACAGUCUGACCUCAUCAUUUUCCUCUGCUAUCCAAGCGUUAUGAACAUGGAUGAUCUCACCAGGCGUGGGCUGUACAUCAGCGACAUCCCUCUUCACGAUGCGACCAGGGACCUGGUGCUCAUGUCGGAGCAGUUCGAGGCCGACUACAAGCUCACCCGCAACCUCGAACUGCUCACGGACAAGCUGCAGCAGACGUACCGCGAGCUGGACAGCGAGAAGCAGAAGACGGACAGGCUGCUGUACUCGGUGCUGCCGGUGAGCGUGGCGAACGAGCUGCGCCACAAGCGGCCGGUGCCGGCUCGUCGCUACGACUGCGUCACGCUGCUCUUCUCGGGCAUAGUGGGCUUCAGCGAGUACUGCGCCGUCAACACGGACCCGCGCGGCGCCAUGCAGGUGGUGCGCAUGCUGAACGAGCUGUACACGGCCUUCGACGUGCUGACGGACCCGCGAAAGAACCCCAACGUGUACAAGGUGGAGACGGUGGGCGACAAGUACAUGGCGGUGAGCGGCCUGCCCGAGCCGUGCCGCACGCACGCGCGCUGCAUCGCGCGCCUCGCCUUGGACAUCAUGGACAUGGCGCGCGAGGUGCGCGUCGGCGGCGAGCCCGUGAGGAUCACCAUCGGCAUCCACUCGGGCGAGGUGGUGACGGGCGUGAUCGGCCACCGCAUGCCCAGGUACUGCCUGUUCGGCAACACGGUGAACCUCACCAGCCGCACCGAGACCACGGGGGAGCCGGGCCGCAUCAACGUGUCCGAGGACGCCUACAGGUGCGUCCUCAUCUCCCGGUGCACGGCAUUUGGUGGCAGGCGUGAAACAACCGGUACAUUUCACUCGAGACCACUUGAGGGACUUGCUACACACCUUCAACUUCAUUUCUUUGACAUAUAUAAUGUUAAUAUCAUCGCUCAUAUUUCACAGUUGCCAAAGAGCUGAACUGUUGAGAAAAAAAAUUUAUAGUUUCUCGAUGUUACGCUACAGAAUAAGGGGAAGCUUGGUACAUAAUUUCAGCUCUUUGGGGCUUUUGUGUCUGGAAACAAGAGGGAAAAAAUAUGUUUUAGCCUAGGACACUCCAAAGCUCAACUUUUAUAACUUCUUUCUUAGUGAAACACUAGGGCACAAGAUAGACUUAUGUACCUACCCAUUUCAGCCCUCUAGUUCUUUUGAUCCGGAGAUUUCGUGAUGUCAGUGAGUGGUAUUUAGGUUUAUUUAUAUACAUAUACAUACAUUCUCUCACUGGUACAUACACCUUGAAUCCAAUCACGAGAAAUCUUUUAUUUUGUUAAUCAUCUGAAUAGUAGCUGCAACAACAGUAAAAUUUGUAAAUUACAUGUACUGCACCUUAAAUCAAUGGUAAGGCCAUUAAUGUUUUUCAGAAAAGGCACAGUAUAUUUGCAGCAAUGCAACGCAAUAGAUUAUAAUAUAAGAGAGAAGGGCAAUUAUUGGAUUUUUGCUCUGACUCUCAUGUUUAUAUUUACUUUGCAAUGAGUUUAUGACAUUCACGAAAGAAAAAUGCAGGUCAUUUUAGGAGAAAUUAAUUUGUACUGCAUUAUUACAUACCUGGACAUCCGUGAAGAACCUAGAAACACAGUAUAAUUUUUCAAA